AUGCACUCCAUCGCCGGGAAGAAGAACAAGGGGGGGCAGUCGUACGAUAUCGAUAAUAUCGUGAUACCGUACAGUGUGGCGGCCUCCACUCGGGUGGAAAAGUUGCAGUGGAGAAUUGCUGAAACUGAUUGUAACAUAGCAGGGUAUGACAGUAUAAACAAUGGAGCUGCCAAAGACUUUGAUCAGGAUAGUGAUACCGAAGACACGUCCGAAGAGGCUGUCCUCGCCCGCCACGAUCGCUCCGAAUAUGACGAAAAAAAGCGCUUCCUCAGCUACCUCAAAAUGCCACCAGGCGGCCAGACCACCAGAGGGCGUUCGCAUCGCCGCACCGACAGCCGCGCCGAAUCCAGCGAGGCGAACACACCCGAUCCGAUGUCGCCCCAUCCCCACAACCCUAACUCCGCCUCCUGUGCUGGCUCCGCCUCUGCUGCGUCUAUCGACCAAUCAGGCGAGGUGGGAUCGCCGCCGGCCACACCCAUGGCGGUGGAGGGGGAAGGAGGCGGGGCAACGUUACCGAGUGUCGCGGUGCCGCCGUACGAGGCGCGGACCUUCCCCAUCGACGACGCCACCUACUCCCAAAUGCUCGACCACAUGCCCGAGAAUCACUCGCGGUGUCGGACGAACGCUCGAUCCCAGGAUGCGCGCGCCGUCUGUCCUACCGCAGACGAGCGCUUGUCCAGCUACGGCGCAGGCUCGGAGGAGCGGGCAGAGAGGGCCGGUUCGCCGGACAGCGAGUCGACGGAAUCGGCCGUGGGGGAUGGAGAGGUGGAGGAGGAUGAGGAAGAAGAAGAGGAGGAAGAGGAGGAGGAUCCCAAUGAUCCGGAGUGGAUGGACGUGGAGCAGCGGGUCGGGAAGGAUCGGUACAAGAGAUAG